GGCCCAUGUUCAUGUCUUCACUUUACAACUAGAGAGAGUUUCUUCCACGCGGGUAAAUAUUUUAAAGUGAAUAGCUUCUAUAAUAGCCAAAAGCUUCACACAAGCCUAUCGAUAAAUACAAAGCCAUUAGGAUCUUUUACAUUUUUGUAUAUUAAUUUUAUACCCUUCCCCACAAUGAGCGCCCCAGCGGAUAAGUCUACUGAGAAGACCGGUACUACCAACGGAUUUGCCUUUGGCGAAGCACCCAAGACCGACGGAAAACAAUCAGACUUUGUCUUUACACCUCAAACACAACAGCGCUCGAGCGUAUCUUCGAACAAGAGUAAACAAGGAGACAACCAGGCUGGUGAUGAUGAGUCUGGACAUCACGAUCUAGUGCCGCAAGAGGAAGCCAACGUAUACUUCGAACCACUCGUGAAGUUGCAAGAAGUGGAUGUUAAAACACUGGAAGAGGACGAAGAUGAGCUGCUUUGCUUACGCGCCAGAUUAUACCGAUGGGGACAAGCCCUCGAGUCCGAAGAAAUGCAGUGGAAGGAAAGGGGCACCGGUGAUGUGAAGCUAUUGAAGCACAAGGAAAGGGGUGUUGUGAGGGUGUUGAUGCGCCAAGAGAAAACGCUAAAGAUUUGCGCGAAUCAUGUGAUCACCGAUGAUAUGGAACUGAAGGAGCACCAAGGGUCAGAUACAACUUGGACGUACGUCUGUCUGGCAGAUUAUUCGGAUGGCGAAUUCAAGCCAGAGACGCUUGCUAUCCGUUUCCGCAAUGAAGAAGCUGCACAAAAGUACAAAACCACAUUCAACGAGGCGAAAGACCUGAACAAGGCUGGUGCACAAGGCACUGACGAGGCGAAAGCGGAGGAGGAUCUGACGGAAGAGGUUGCCAAAUUGUCGGUUAAAGAGUCAUCAUGAGUGCAUAUCAUGAGUCAACAACAGCAAAUGGAAUAGAUUAUACUGUUUGCAUUGCCCUUCAUGACCCUGAUAGGACCAGUGGUGUAGUGCUAUGCAUGCAAACUAUCAGUAUCGCUGCCCGACAGUGUGCCAAUAAGGAUAAUUUUUCGUCGCACUCGCAGGCUUAUCCAUUCGUCGCACUCGCAGGCCUAUCCAUUGUUCAGCUAUCGAAACCGGGUGCGAGACUCAGAUUGGUAAGAUUGUCUCUGUACUAUCUGAUGGGAAGAAUCAAUUACUUUUGCGGGCGCGGCCCUUUCAACGAUGACAUAUCCCGUGCAUUCCGUUGACCCAAGAAGGAAUAGAGACCAAAUGUUCGAUAGUACGUAGUGACGGAGUUAUGGUUGCUGCUUGAGAAAGCUGGCUUUUGGUGCACUCGCAAGGCCUGUGCUCCAUGGCAUCAGACGAGCCCGAACGACCAUGCCGUGCGUUGUGCGGUCCAAAUAAAUUUUUGAUGUCUGUGGAAAUGAUUAUCUCGAAGACAUUGUAGUAUUCUCAGAAAGGGACUGCUAGAUGUUAGCCAAUUUAAAUUCUUAUUAAAUAUUGCG